CGAGUAAACAAACGUUCCCUUCACGGGUUCCGUAGUUACCCGUAGCGUACUCAGUAAGCGUGCAAUGUUUUAAGACGUGUCAAAACGAUUAUAAAAUAAUGUUAAUCCAUCGUGAAUUAACUUUAUAACGGAGCCAGUGGUAAACCGGAUACUCUCCGGUAGAAUGAACAUUUGUUCUCCUACUAGUGAUGUGUAUUGAGGCUAAUAGACGUUAGCCGUGGUGACUUUGUGAGACCGUCCUUAGCCAACACAUAUUUGGUAUAACUGAUGUCUAUCUUUUGAAAGGUACAAUGUUGGCAACGCUGUCAAGAGUUAAAAGCCCUCGAUUUCUUUCUCCGGAAAUACUUUUAGGAUACAUAUUAGGACAAGAAGUCGGAAGAAAAACGGUUACCUUGUUAAGUCACAGUUUACCAGUAUCUGCAGCAUGGAGGCAAAAAGUCACCGCUGGCACCAGAGAUGUCAGCACCACCUGCACGCUGUGCGCCAAAGUCAGAGGAAACCCGAAGAAGAAAGAGCUGUCUGAAAAGAAGCUGACCCGUCAUUUUGUAGACCAUCGCCGUGUGAAGCUGAUUGCUGGCUCUGGUGGUAAAGGAGUCUCCAGCUUUCACAGCGAGCCGCGAAAAGAGUGGGGUGGACCAGAUGGAGGGAAUGGAGGAGAUGGGGGAAGCAUCAUUAUGAAGGCGGACAAAUUUGUCAAAUCAUUGGCGCAAGUAUUUCCAAUUUACAAGGGAGAAGAUGGGCAAGCAGGUGGCAGCAAGAACUGUUAUGGCAAGAAUGGCAGUGCAAACUAUAUUUCUGUACCUGUGGGCACAGUGGUGAAGGAAGAGGGAGAGGCAGUGGCCGACCUUUCUGAGCACCGCCAGGAGUAUCUGGCUGUAUUUGGGGGGGCCGGUGGGAAGGGAAAUCGGUUCUUUCUUUCCAAUGAGAAUCGUGCACCAAUGAAAGCAACCCCAGGAGUGAUGGGCCAGGAGAGGGUCCUUCAGCUAGAGCUCCGCACCAUGGCUCAUGCUGGACUGGUGGGAUUUCCUAAUGCUGGAAAAUCAUCAUUGCUGAGAGCCAUCUCCAAUGCCAGGCCUGCUGUGGCUGCUUACCCUUUUACAACACUCAACCCACAUGUAGGAAUUGUCAAUUACAGGGAUCAUGAACAAGUUGCAGUUGCUGACAUCCCAGGCAUCAUUCAAGGAGCCCAUCUGAAUCGAGGCCUUGGCAUUUCUUUUCUGCGCCACAUAGAGCGCUGUCGUUUCCUUCUCUAUGUUCUGGACCUGUCUUCCCCAGAGCCAUGGACUCAGCUUGUGCACUUGCGUUAUGAACUGGACCAGUAUGAGCCUGGUCUGUCCCUGCGUCCUCAGGUCAUCAUAGCCAAUAAAAUGGACCUUCCUGAGGCCCGGGAGAAGCUUGAGAUUCUAAAGAGCCACGUCACCCAGCGGGUCAUCCCUGUGUCGGCUCUCACAGGACAAAACACGGAGGAGCUCAUUCUCCACCUCAGAGAGCUGUAUGACGGAUAUCUCCAAGGAGAAGGUAGUGGGGAAGAUAAACCCACAAGAUGGUAGUCAAAAUUUGUUUGUCUGAUAUAUUGAUGACAUAUAUUUAUACUUGACAUGGAAUGUUUUUAAAUUGCGUAAUAAACACAAAACAUAAUUCAA